AUGGAUGUGCCGGUGACCCUGGUCAUCAAAGCCCCGAACCAGAAGUACGAAGACCAGACCAUCAACUGCUUCCUCAACUGGACCGUGGAGCGCCUGAAGGGCCACAUCGCCAACGUCUAUCCCAGCAAACCAUCGUGUGAAGACCAGCGUCUGGUGUAUUCAGGGCAGCUUCUCCAGGACCAUGUGCGGCUCCGAGACGUGCUGCGAAAGCCUGAUGAGGAGUACCAUAUGAUGCACCUGGUGUGUGCCUCCCAUAGUCCUCCCAGGUCGCCUCAACCUCACAGUUCUGCUCCCAGUGACCCUGCUGCUGCUCCUGCUGCUGCUCCUGCUGCUGCUCCUGCUGCUGCUCCUACUGCUGGUCCUGCUGCUGGUCCUGCUGCUGCUGCUGCUGCUCCUGCUGCUCCUGCUGGUCUGAGGUAUCGAGGACCAGCACAGCACAGCUCCUCUGCUCAGGGGCCUGGAGGUCCUCAGGGGCCUCUCCCAGGGGCCCUGCCUGGAGGUCCUCAGGGGCCUCUCCCAGGGGCCCAGCCUGGAGGUCCUCAGGGGCCUCUCCCAGGGGCCCUGUCUGGGAACAUGCCCCCACACCCGGCCUACAUGCCCAUGCAGGCUCUGUGGUGGCAGCAGAUGUACGCAAGACACUACUACCUUCAAUAUCGAGCCGCUGCAGCUGUCUCUCAGAACCUGCCUGCCCCCUCCUCCUCCUCACCCCCUCCUCAGCCCGAGCCGGUCGUACAGCCCCCUCUGGACCCUCAGGGGGGGCCGCCGCUGAACCAGGAUCAGAUGGAUCUGGACCAGCAGGACCGGGACCAGGACCAGCAGGACCGGGACUGGCUGGACUGGCUCUACACCGCGUCCCGGGUCGGAGUCCUCCUCAGCAUUGUUUACUUCUACUCCUCCUUCAGCCGCUUCCUCAUGGUCCUAGGAGCCAUGCUGCUGGUUUAUCUGCACCAGGUGGGCUGGCACCAGGUGGGCUGGUUCCCUUUCAGACCUGAGCAGCCGAGAGCAGAGCAGAGAGAAGCACAACGACAACACGACAUGCAACAGAUGGAGCGACUGAUGGACCAGGGUUUGGAGCAGGAGGAGCCAGACCCACCUCCUCCUGAAGCCGGGUUCCUCCUCACCUCCUGGGCCUUCCUCAGCUCCUUCUUCACCUCUCUCAUCCCUGACAACCGCCCUCAAGCCAACAACUGA